AUGCCACAAUACAAAGUUAAAGUGAAGUGGGGAAAGGAGUUGUUUCCAAAUAUUGAAGUUAAUACCGACGAAGAGCCGAUACUUUUUAAAGCCCAACUUUUUGCUUUAACUGGAGUACAACCAGAGAGACAAAAAGUUAUGGUCAAGGGAAUGACUUUAAAAGAUGAAAAUUGGGGAAAUAUAAAGCUAAGAGAUGGAGUUAUGGUGCUCAUGAUGGGUUCUAAAGAAGAGGAUGUCCCAAUAGAGCCCUUAGAAAAGCCAUUAUUUGUAGAAGACAUGAAUGAAGCAGAAAUAGCAUCUGCUCUUGACUUACCUGCAGGAUUGACGAACCUCGGAAACACCUGUUAUCUUAACGCAACUGUUCAGUGUCUUAAAACUGUUCCAGAAUUGCGAGAAGCUCUAAAGAAAUUUCCCGGAGGUAUUGCUUCUUCGGGAAGUGAAGAAAUAGCAUCUUUAGUUCCGGCUCAAAGUAUUACAGCUUCUUUGAGGGAUUGCUAUGAAGGAAUGGAUAAUGGUAUUGCAUUUCGACCGGCGGUUCUUCUUCAAGUGCUGCAUCUUGCAUUUCCACGGUUCGCUGAAAAAUCUGAGCUUGGUGGUUAUCAGCAACAAGACGCCAGCGAGUGCUGGACUGAAUUAAUACGAAUGCUUCAACAAAAAUUACCAGCUCGAGUAACUGCAUCCGCCGGCGAAGCGAGUUACAAGCCUCGUUCAUUGAUAGAACAGUAUUUCGGCGGGACAUUUGAUACAGAGCUUAAGUGUGUUGAGUCUGAAGAUGAACCACCAACUAAAUCUAAAGAAGAAUUUUUACAGCUCAGUUGCUUCAUUUCCACGGACGUUAAGUACAUGCACUCUGGAUUGAAAAACAAAAUGCAGGAACAGCUGACUAAAAUGUCACCUACUCUUGAACGAGAUGCAGUUUAUACGAAAACGUCUAAAAUCAGUAGACUACCAGCCUACCUCACGAUUCAAUUCGUUCGAUUUUUCUACAAAGAAAAGGAAGCAAUAAAUGCUAAGAUAUUGAAAGACGUUAAAUUCCCAAUGGAAUUUGACGCAUUUGAGCUUUGUUCUCCUGAGCUUCAAAAAAAACUUAUUCCCAUGCGAGAUAAAUUCAAAGAGCUUGAAGAUAAAAAAGUUGAAGAGGCUCAGAAGUUAACAGACAAAAAGCCCAAGGUUGAUGAACCUGAAAAGGCAGUGAAAACUCUGCCGUUUUGCUUUGAGGAUGCAGUUCUAACUCACAGAGGACGAUCAAGCAGCAGCGGACAUUAUGUCGGUUGGGUUCGUCAAAAAGGAGACACUUGGUUAAAAUGUGACGACGACACAGUGAGUGUCGUCACAAGUGAAGAAAUCCUGAAACUUAGCGGCGGCGGUGACUGGCACUGUGCCUACGUUCUUCUCUACGGACCAAAAAUUCUCGAAAUUCCUAUCACAGACAGCGAUUAA